UAGCCCAGCCAUCUUUGUUUAUCAUUGUCAUUGCAGUAUUGCGUGUUCAUUAUACUGCUAUAAUUUAGCAGCGAUCUGUGGACAUGUAACGUGUUUAUUUAUUUUGGCAAACUAUUGUUUUAAUAAUAAAUAAUAUUUAAAACUAUGCCUAUACUUUUAGUGUAAUAUUUAGAACAGUGUGAAACAAUAGAAAUCAUCGGUAAUAAUUAUCAUAGUUAUAGGAGGUUAUGGAGGCCCAAGACCAAAUGGAAAUGAAGUAUAGCGCAGGCAAUGAGGUCGGGGGAUUGGAGCUGUGUAUUGUGUGUGGAGAUAGAGCUUCGGGCAGACAUUAUGGUGCUAUUAGCUGCGAAGGUUGCAAAGGAUUCUUCAAACGUUCGAUUAGGAAAAAGCUGGGCUACCAGUGCCGAGGCAGCAUGAACUGUGAAGUAACUAAGCAUCACCGUAAUCGGUGUCAGUACUGCCGGCUGCAGAAGUGUCUCGCUUGUGGUAUGAGAAGCGAUUCGGUUCAACACGAGAGGAAGCCCAUCGUGGAUAAAUCAAAAGGCGAGGCGAGGGAGGCUCACGAGAGGCAGGCUGCCUACUCGAAGCUGUUAGGUCUGGCCGGACAAGCACAGACUGCUCAGAUAAAUCCCAAGGAGGAGCCGAACGACGCUUUCGGCGCCGUCUCGCCCGCCGCGCCGGCGCUCAACUUCGCGCUGGCGGCCGCCGUCGCCUUCAAUAAAGGAAAUCCAGUGUCACCGUACCUCGGGGCUGGCACACCGGCUGACGUGGAGGGAGCGAGACGACAACAGCUCAUGCUGCAGACUCAGCUCGCUAAGAAUCUAUUCAAGAUGGGGCAAUUUGGCGCCAUAAACGAGUACCUGCAGUCGGCGUACGGCGCGGCCGCGGCCGACGCGCCGCUGGCGCCGCACGCGCCGCACGCGCCGCACGCGCCCGCCGACGCGCUCGACGGGUCGGAGGGCGGCAUCCUCAGCACGGCGGAGAGCCUGCAGCUGCCGCUGAGCGCGCCGGCGGGCGGCGGCGCGCUGCGCCUGCACGCCGCGUGCGAGGCGGCCGCGCGCCUGCUCGCCGCCUGCGCGCGCUGGCUGCUGGCGCUGCCGCACGCCGCCGCGCUGCCAUUCGAAAUCCAAGUGACGCUGCUGCGCAAGUGCUGGGCGGAGCUGUUCGUACUGGGCCUGGCUCGCUGGUCGGGCGCGCUGGGGCUGAGCGCGCUGCUGCCGGCGCUGGCGGCGCACCUGCAGGCCGAGCUGCGCGAGCGCGCCGAGCGCCCGCCGCCCGCGCCGCCCGCCGCCGACCUGCCCUUGCCGGAGAUAACUAUAUCCGAUUACUCCGACGAGCGUAUCAGCGAAGUGUCCGCCAUGCUGUGUCGUUUGCACCAGUUCAUCGGCCACAUGGAACAGCUGCAAGUCUCGGACCGGGAGCAUGCGCAUCUCAGAGCUCUGUGCCUCUUUUCACCUGAUGGUGCACCAGAUUUCUUAACACGUAAAUUACAAGACUACCAAUCAAAAGUGCUCCGUUCUCUACGUACCACUUGCCAGCCAAAUGAUGAGAGAGUGGCGACACUGUUGCUGCAAUUACCCGUUCUACGUACUUUUACGGGAACAUUCAUUGAGGAUGUGUUCUUUGUUGGUUUUGUCGGUGACGUAUGUAUCGAUGAUGUUAUACCUUACUUACUUAAUGCUGAACGUUGAUCUGGUUGAUAGGUUUUUAAUGUAUGAUGGCAAUUUCCAUAAGUAUUGCAUAUAAUUUUGUUUAUAAGAUAAUUUUAGUUAAUAUAGUUAUUAAUGUCGCCUUUUUACCUAUUAAUUUCAUUACGAUAUCUUAAUGAUUUAUUGAAUUUAUAAAUUGCAAUAAGAAAAUAUAGGUUCCUGUGUAAAAUUAAGAUGUUUAUACAUUUGUUUAAAGUGUAUUUCAUUAUAUAUAUUGUAAAAGAAUAAUUUGAAUUGACUGAGACAUUAGAAACAAUUUAAUGAUUUUAAGUUUUGAUCCAUCAAUAAAGCGAAGCAAACAUUACCCGCAAUUAUUAAUGUGAGAUCUGAAGGGAAUUAACUCCGCUCUAAUACCGCUCUCGCUAUCAACACGUCAGUUCUGUUAUCAGAGUGUGUUUACGUUAGCUGAGCGCACAUCAUGCACUUUCUAUGUUGAUUUAAUAUUGAUGAAGUCUCUUAAAAAAGUUAUUUUGACUACAAAAUUAUAUACUAGUUAUAUAAGAUUUAGUUCUAAAGUCCAAUACAAGUAUAUUAUUAUAUAUUUGAAUAUUAAUACCUGUUGUUGGACAGUAGAACUUUUGUAAUGUAAUUAUAAUGUAAGUAUAUGACUGCUACCGUCCAUUUUAAUUAGUGUUGUAAAAAUAUAGAAUAUUAAUGAAAAAAUAUUUUUAAUAUUGAUAUAUUAUAAUUGUUUAAAAUCCCAGUAAAUGUUGAUAUAAGUGCCUUAUUAAUAAA